AUGGCCAAAGCACCCCUUCGAUGCCUAUCGUUGAUCAUCUCCCCUUAUCAUGUCGGCCUUCGCGACCAAGGACCUGGAGCAGGCCCUGCCUUUCUCAAGGCAUGCGGCUUAUCCAAAAGCCUCCGCAACCUUGGCCUACCGUUGCGUGAGAUAUACGUGGAGCCGGUAGACGAAUUUGAAGGAGAAAUUGGCCGCAGCUUCGAGUUUGUCCGACACACAGCAAAACUUGUCGCACAAGAGCGGCGGCGGAACGCGUUUCCCAUCGUUCUCGCUGGAAAUUGCACUUCUGCUGUCGGGGUGGCCGCCGGGCUGCAUACAGCGCAAGACUUUGGAGACGCAGAACUUGGGUGCGUGUGGUUCGAUGCGCAUGAUGAUUUCAACACGCCAGAUACUGUCACGAGCGGCUAUUUCGACUCGAUGCCCAUUGCCAUGCUAGCGGGACAAUGCUGGAAAGCAAUGCUGGAGACUGUUCCCGGGCAUCGCUCUAUCAAUUUGGAGCGUCUUGUGCACGUGGGAAUGAGAGAUGUGAACCACUUGGAGCGAGCACGGGUAGGAGAGGCUGGCUUCGACGUGAUCUGGGGCGAUACUGAGAAGAAAGUCGACUUCAAAGCAGGACUCAGCACAGUGCUGCAACGAAAGCAACUUCGUCCCACAAUGGUGCAUUUCGAUGUCGACUCUUUGGACGUCUCUAUCGGGAAAGCCAAUCGGUUUGCAGCGCCUGGUGGCCUGUUGGAGCCGGACAUUGUCGGCUGCUUCAGAGAGAUCUCCACGGCCACUGAGCCUGUCUCUUUGACUGUGGCAUCAUUCGACCCGACAUUUGAAGGUGCUCGCAAUCUUGCAGCAGUGGCUAUCAAAUCAGUCACAGGCUUUGUACAGUCGCUCAUGGGCUCAGGUGUACUUUACAAGCCAUAG